GUUCGGUGAAAUACGAGUCUAAGGAGGAAGAAAUGAAAAGGAAUGCCAUCUUCCAAGCCAAUCUCCAUCACAUCGAGCAAGUCAACGCUCAGAAUCUGUCUUACACGCUGGGUGUCAACGAGUAUGCGGACCUCACACACGAGGAGUUCGUCGCCCAGAAGGUCGGUAUUUUAAAGAUGGAUGCGAGGAGGGAUGUUAAGUUUGAUGUUGAAGGUAGGACCAGUUGUAUUUCUCAUGCCAGAUUGAGUCUCUUUGUGUCAGCUGAUACCACAUCGCUCCCAACCUCGGUGGAUUGGAGAUCUAAGGGUGUAUUAACCCCGAUUAAGAAUCAAGGAGCCUGUGGAAGCUGCUGGGCUUUCUCAUCGACCGGUACUCUCGAGGCGAAGUAUGCCAUCGAGACGGGUCAGCUCCGGUCGUUCUCCGAGCAGCAGCUUGUCGAUUGCAGUAGAGGCUAUGGGACCGGGUAA